AUGGUUCGUGAGAUGGCAACAACAACGAGAACGACAAUCACCGAUAAACCAAUGAAAUACAUUCUUGUCACUGGUGGAGUGAUAAGCGGUGUCGGCAAAGGGAUCAUCUCGAGCAGUUUGGGGGUUUUGUUGAAGAACAAUGGAUACAAGGUGACUUCGAUCAAAAUCGACCCAUAUUUGAACAUCGAUGCAGGCACUUUUUCGCCAUAUGAGCACGGUGAGGUUUUCGUGUUAGACGAUGGUGGUGAGGUGGAUUUGGAUCUCGGGAACUACGAGCGCUUUCUAAACAUUCGACUCACUAGAGACAACAAUAUAACAACCGGGAAAAUGUUUCAACAUGUGAUGGAAAGAGAGCGUCGAGGAGACUAUUGCGGGAAAACCGUGCAAAUGAUUCCCCAUUUCACCGAUGCAAUCAUUGAUUGGGUUGAGCGAGUCGCCCGAAUCCCUGUUGACGGCACGAAAGACACUCCAGAUGUGUGCAUUAUUGAGCUUGGCGGCACUAUCGGAGAUAUUGAGGGAAUGCCUUUCUUGGCUGCUUUUGAAAAAUUUCAAACACCUCGUUUCAAGGAUAAUAUUAUGAAUGUUCACGUGGGUCUAAUCUUGCAUCCAGAUGCCACUGGAGAGCCGAAAACGAAACCGAUGCAGAACUCAGUUCGUCAACUCCGAGCGGCUGGUUUAAAGCCAGAUCUCUUGAUUUGCCGUUCAAGUCAACCACUUGAGGUUCGCUUACGGAAAAAGGUCGCCGAUUUUGGGCUUGUCGAUUUAGAACAGGUUAUUGGCGUUCAUGAUGUGAGCAAUAUCUACAAAGUGCCGUUGCUUCUUCAAGAGCAAGGAGUCUUGCAUCACGCGAUUCAAUGUCUCCGUCUUCCCGAGGUUUCUCAACAAACGCUUCGCGGCUUGCGCUUCAACAUGGUCCAUUGGACUCAUCUCAGUGAAUUAGUCGACAACUACACCCAAGAAGUACAAAUAGCUCUCGUUGGCAAAUAUGUGAAAAUCGAGGACGCGUAUGCUUCGGUCAACAAAUCCCUUCAGCAUUCAGCUAUUCACAGUAAACGGAAGCUCAAAUUAAGGUUUGUCGACAGCGAGCUUCUCGAGUUCCCGGUGAAGCCCGGCUUUCAAGCGCAAGCUGUUGCCGCGUGGGAGGCCGUCAAAGCGGCUGAUGGAAUCAUUGUGCCAGGCGGUUUCGACAAGCGCGGAAUCGAGGGAAUGAUAAACGCUUGUCAAUACGCUCGCGAGAAGAAAGUCCCAUUCUUGGGUGUUUGCCUGGGAAUGCAAUGCGCGACGAUUGAGUUCGCUCGCAAUGUGCUCGGCAUCACCGGCGCCAACUCGACCGAGUUCGACAAGAAUUUAGUGGAAGAGCAACAGGUGGUGAUUGACAUGCCAGAGCACAAUGUGGAAACGGUUGGAUUGGGUGGAACGAUGCGUUUGGGAAGUCGCACAACCGCUUUCCUCACUAAAGAUUGCACUCUCAGAAAGUUGUAUGAUCGAGAUGAGGUGAAAGAGCGCCAUCGUCACCGCUAUGAGGUGAAUCCCCGUCACGUGCCCGAGUUGAGCAAACGUGGUCUUCUCUUUGUCGGCAUGGGAGUUGAUGAGUCGACGGCGAGUCUCAAUGUGAUCUCAACCUCAAAAUCGUCGGCUGAUCUCAUGAAAAUGGCGCACGAGCAACAGAAUAAAGAGACUCUCCUCGACAAGAUCACCGAUUUGUGUCAUCGCGGCGGAGACGGUGUGGUACGACCAGCCGUUCGAAUGGAGAUGCUCGAGAUGGAGGAUCACCCGUAUUUCGUCGGAGCUCAAUUCCAUCCAGAGUACCUCUCAACUCCGCUCGUCCCAUCACCGCCAUUCCUCGGGCUUUUGCUUGCAGCCAGUGGCCAGCUGAGGGGAUAUCUCUCUGGAACGAAGACGCCAACGCCGAUGGUUUCAUUGACCGAGGAGACGCUUCCACAAAUGGAAAAGCUUGGAGUUCAUGCC